AUGCUUUGUUCUAGGAAAAUUAAUUUGGCAUUAUGUGCUUUAUACUUAUUCGCUACUUUUAUUAUGGUUAUAGUGGCCAUUGCAGGUUCAACUUCUAACUAUAAGCCCUUGACAAAUAUUUAUAUCGGUACGGCUGAUAUUGCACACAUUAACGUGACCAAAGUGAUCCCACAAUUUGCACCAAUUUUGACCAUUUUGGGUGGUGCUUUGAAUUCUGAUAAUGCUUCCAUCGAUACUGUGUUUCCCGCUUUACAUCAAUUGGACUCUACUCCCGCUUUUGCACCACUUUUAACUUUGCUUGCUAAUGCCGAAGAUACUAAUGCUACAGUUACUGCACUAAGUGAGCUGGCUCCUUUGGCUUUGUCUAAUGAUACCAAUUCUUCCACCUCUCAACAGAUGGCUGAAGUAUACCAAUUGUUGCAAAUGUCCUCUAAUGCUACCGAAUCAAUGCAAGGUCUAGAGGGUUUGGUCGAGGCUUCUAUGGAGGACCCUAGUAGUAAUUCUUCAACUAUUGUUAUGCAUUUGUUGGCAGACUCGAACGAUACCUUGUCCUCCACUGAAGCUUUGAUGACUUUGAAUAACAUGAGCGGCACGGAAAAGCAACAAUUGACUCCCGUCUUUGCUCUUUUCCAAGUCAGUACUAAUGAGACUGCUACGAUAAGCUCACUAGCUACUUUGAUGAACUCCACUAUUCCUAGUGAAUUGACUGAAAACAUGUUUUCUGCGUUGAAUCAAUCUACUGAUUUGAAUCAAACCCUGCAACAAUUGGAAUCCUUAGUCCCAGAAGAGUCUAGGCCUGCUUUUGAAGCAGUGGCUACUUUGAUUGAGACUUCCUCUUCUUCAAACACUACCAUAGCCUCUUUGCAAACUUUAUUGGAAAAUAAUGUUACUACUUCGACCUCUGCUAGGCAAGCUUUUGCUUCUCUAUCCACAUUGUUAAGCAAUGGUCAAAAUGAUACCCUAGUGUUGCAGUCUGUUCAAUCUCUGGCUAUGAUCACAAAUACUACUACUUCUACGCAACAGUUGACUUCCUUGCAUCAACUAUUCGAAUCUUCAAACAACAGAACCGGUACCUUGCCGGUGUUAGGUAUGUUGCAAACUGGUUUGGCCGAGGACAGCUCUUCUGCUCAAUACAUUCCACCUUUAGUCUCAUUGAUGGAAGCGUCCAGCGAUCCAAUGACUAUUUUCACUUCUUUGAUGACAUUUACCGCUUGGGCUCAACAGAAUACUGCCACUUUCUUGCCCGUUGCCGCUAUUCUACAAAAUGCUGAGAGAAACCCAGCUCCUACGGAUGAGGACAUUAAGGAAUUGACUCCAAGAAUUUUGGAAUACUUUAACAUCAACUCCAAAUACCAAUUGUCCAUCUUUACGCUAUGCGAAAGGGACGUCCAUAACGAGAUCAAGACUUGCUCCAAAUCUCAUGCUGUCCAAGAUUUAGAUUUCAGAAGUAUUAUCUGGGAUGACCUUGAAGAUUCUGAUUUUACUCCAUAUUUGAACGCUUUGAAUGUUACUGAGGAUUCGUUGCAUUUGGACGGUAAAUUGUUGCGUAGACAACAUGAGUACGUCCCAGCGAUCAAAGCCACCCUGGCAUUCUCGCUAAUUUCCAUCAUUCUCGCGUUCUUCUUGAUUCUAGCUGUCCUUUAUCUGAUGUUGACAGGUGCUUACAACAAAUGGGUCUGGUUUGGUGUCUUGUUCACCUGUCUAUGGUACACUUUGUUCACCUGUCUAGCUGCGGUCAUUGUCACCGCUAUCAUUGGUAUCAUCAAAUCUGGUACUUCUGACGACAAUUACGGUGUUGUCUUCAAGGGCGGUCCAGCAUACUUGGGUCUAAUGUGGACCUCGUUUGCUCUAGCUUUGGCUUGCCCCAUUAUACUACUCACUGCCUUUAUUCAAGCUAGAAAGCUACACAGGAAAAAACAAGUUGCUGCCAUGGAUGAAGGUAUUUCUCAUGAAGCGGUGAACUCUACAAGUAGUGGUCCUUCGUCGCUAAACAACGGAAACGGUUACGUGGAAAAGACUCAAAUCGAACUCGUCGUUGUCAAAUAA